ACCUUGUAUGAACACCCUUGUUUCCAAAAUGAACCAUUCAUGUUCUCCGUAAAAAAAAAAAACACUUCAAUUUUUACACAAAAUUUAAGCUUGUUUGUUGAUCAAAUAUUGAGCAUUCUUUUUGGCUGAAUAUAAAUCAAGUGCAUUGUCGACCAGAAAUUGAAGUUUAACGAAUUGUGGCUUGUAUAUAGCUGUGUAAAAUUUUAGUUUAUAUUUGUAUAUUUGAUACAGAUGAUCAAGCUAGUUGUUGAGAUCUUCUUGGUGAAAGAAUUUCCUGUGUAGAAUUUUCUAAUUUGGGGUAAAUUACUUAUCUGCUUUGCAUGAAGAAGUUGAAAAAAGAUUAAAUACAGUAUAUGAAAAUUGUUGAUUUUUUUUGUUGUACAGAUGAAACGAUGUCCUGAGCUUGGGGUCUAUUAGAAACAACAUUUCUAAUUUUUCGUAAAAAGUGGUAAAAGUUGCAUACCCUUUAACCCCAGAUCUAAUAUGUGGAAAGAGACUGUGUAUAUUGAGUUGUGUUGAUAAAAAUACAUCAAUAGUGAGAUAUUUCAUUGUAUCUAUGUGUAUAAAAAAUGAAAUCUAUAAACCUCUUUUAACUUUCCUGAAGUGUUAAUUUUGUAUUGUCAUAUUAAGAGAAGUAGUUUUGUUCUGCAUGUCAUAAAGUUUCAAAUUACUUGUGUUUACUUUAAUUUUUUGGAUUCUGAAUAUUAGAAUUAUUGACUAUUAUUCUGUGAGUAUGAGUUGAUAUUUUUGAAUUUUGAAACUAAAAAAUAUUUUCUUCACUGUUAAUUUGGUGGUUAUUUUCUUAUGGGUAAAUUAUUUUUUUGCAUAUGUUAAUUAAUUAAUUUUUUUGAAAAUGGUGAAUGUUAGUAGUAAAUGGAGAGGCUUCUAGCAAAUGUCUUGCUCAGCUGUACGAAAUAAAAACCAUAUGUACACUUAUCAUACUCGUCGAAGCGACAAUUGUCAUGGACAUAUGUUGUUGGUCCAAUCACAGUCAACUCGAUAUACCAACUAUACAGUUAGUGGCUCAGCUUGUUGGUUCUUUAACAUCACUACUCAAAAGCCUUCUGCUGAUUACUUUGCUUGGGUUGCUAAACAUACCUUCAAUGUUGGUGACUAUAUGACCUGUGGACAGUUUCUGAAAGCCAAUAGUGGACAACCUGUAAUAUGGAAAAGAGCUUCAUUCAUGGAAGAGGUCCUCCGAGAGGCUGAUGUGAUAAGUCUACAUCCAGUCCUUGAUAAAAUAACUUACCACCUUGUGAACAAAGAGCGGCUAGCAAUGAUGAAGAAGGAAGCAAUACUUGUGAACUGUAGUAGGGGGCCUAUGAUUGAUGGAGUAGCUCUUGUUGAGCAUCUGAGGAAAAAUCCCAUGUUCCGUGUUGGCCUUGAUAUCUUUGAGGAUGAGCCCUACAUAAAACCUGGUCUUGCAGACAUGAAGAAUGCUGCUGUAGUACCCCACAUAGCUUCUACUUCUAAGUGGACUUGUGAGGGAAUGGCUACACUAGCUGCUCUGAAUGCCCUGGUACACAAUAUUGUUGGAAAUUUAAGAAUUGGAAAUUUUAGAAUUGUUGGAAAUUUAAGAAUUGUUGCCAUUUAUUGGUAUCAUGUGAUAGGGUCUUUCGCUAGUCUUGGUUUCCUUGCUUGGUACCUGUCUGGGAAAAUUAAGACAUUUGAUCGAAGAGGCCAUGUUUAUAAACUCUACCUUGUGAAAAAAGGUAGUAUGCUGUGUGUUUUGGUUGCUCAUGGUGAUGGAAGAGCUUAUGUCCCUGAUGAUAGCAUUUUCAACCAUAUUCUUGGCUCAAACUUGGCACCAGUUAAAUAUUGUGGUGAUGAUGGCAGACUAACAGAUGCAUAUCCUUUCAAUCUUAGCGUUACAGCUGUUGCUGCACAAACGGUUGCUGAAGCAGAGGCAGCUAUAAUUGCGAGAUGUAUUCUAGAUUCUGAUUCUUCCACAAUUAAAGCAGUAAAUAUAGCAUACAAGCCUCCAAAUGACACUGAAUAUCUGAUUAAAUUUUGA